CUGUUCGGAUCUUGUUUAUGGCCUUGGAGACAGGGAGGUGUGGCUUUUUUUAGUGCAGUGCGGUGCGGUGUGUGCGACAUCUGCUUUGUUGUGUUUUGGGGUUGGAUGGAAGAGUCGGGAUGUCGAGGGUGUGUUGGAGAAAGGAAGAAUCGGUGGAUAUUUGGAGGUUGGAUAUUUUUCUAGUGCGUUUUGGAGGCCGGCUGGGGGUAUGUGGGUUGGAGGUCGUUGUUCUUUUGCUGCGGAUCUGUGGUGACUUUAGGAAUUGGAUUCACUUGUUUGUGAAUCAGAACUUAUAUUAGGUUCGCUAAAGGGGAGGUUGGUUUUAUCUGACGGUUGGACUUUGAUAUCCUAGCUACUACAAGAUGUUUAGCUUUUGGUUAGUCUAAAAUAGAGACCUUACGAAGAAACCAAGCGGAUUUCAUAGUGUCAAG